CGGCUAGCUUGAACCGGAGAUGGCUACGUUUUUGGGGGAGGUGGUCACACCCCAGUCCCGCGCUGGCCUGGAUGACGAAGAAGAGCUUGCAGAAGAGCGCGAAGAGACGCAGGAGGAUCGUGAGAUUCGGCUGGCGCUGGAGAAGAAAAGAGAUGUUUGUAUCACCUGGAAUACCUCAGACAUAUCGGCAGAAGAAAAGUUUCCUUGUUCAAAGUUUAUCUUGGGUGUUGGAGGCAAUGCAGUAGCAUUCUUGUCUUCAUUUAUUUUGAAUUCUGGAAGCUGGGAGCUGGUUGGCUCUGCCCAGUUAUGGAAUGAGUGGUGCAGAACAUCAAAAGUAACCAAUCUUCUUCCAAAAGAUUCAUACUGUUGUUUUUAUCGGUCAGUUUCAGAUCCCACAAUUUUACUGUGCCAAUGCAAUUGUCACGUGGCUGAAGACCAACAGUUUCAGUGGGUUGAAAAGAUUUUUGGAUGCCUACAGAAGAUUGAUUUGCAAGUAUUGGUUCUUUCAGCAUGUCCUGUAACAGAUUAUAAAACCACUGAAUCCACUCUAACUCUCCCUUCACCUUUCCUGAAAGCACUGAAAACAAGAGAGUUUAAAGACAAAGUUUGUUGCUCCCUUCUAGAACAGCCAAAUAUUGUACGGGAUCUCCCGGCAGCAGUUCUCAGUUACUGUCAGGUGUGGCAAAUCCCUGCAAUAUUUUAUCAAUGUUACACUGAUAUACUCCAACUGGACUUAGUAACUAUUGAAACCUUCAAACCUGUCUUAUCAUCCAAAAUUCUAAAAAGUUUAGUGGAGGAUAUUUCAAGAAGCACAGAAAUAUUGACAAAAUUGGUGACACCCAAUGACAUUCAUAACAUCUACACUUAAAAAUGACUUGUGAGCCUUCAAAAUUUGAUUAAGCUUCUGCAUUUGUAAACUGCAGCUACUUUGGAACACACUUCUGCAUAAGUGGGACAUGCACUAUUUUUUGUACCACAUACUGGUCAUUUGGGGGAGGGUUAGACUGAUUUAAAAAAUUAAAACAUGACCUUUUUAUUUUGUACAAGACAAGUGGAAGAAUAUAUUUGCUGUUAAGAAUAUUUUAUGCAUUUUGUUUCCAACCCACAAGUUGCAACACUAUUACCACAAGGCAUAUUAAUGCAACAAAAGACAAAGAUUUGAGUAAAAAAAGCAAAAGAGGCAGAAUGGUUUCUUAAAAUCAGUGUUAACUACUUAAGCAUAGUGAGAGAAAAAAUACAGGAGAAACAGCACGAAUAUGAGAAAGCAGAGAGCUGGUGUUGGAUGAUUGUGUCAGAAAAAUGUUGAGAAAGUUUGAGGUCCAACAGAUCUAAAGAGUGACUAGUUGAAGAAGGUGGUUCAGCUUAGUUUUAAGACUAUUCUUCCUCUCAGCUCUACAUGCAUUGACAUUAUAGCUUUGUUUGAACGCAUAUUAAUGGAAUAUAUUUCCCUUCAGUCAAAUAUCCAAGGUGGCAUACUACAGCAUUUAAAAUUUACAAGUGCAAACUACACAUCUUGGGUGCAGUAGUUGUCUUGGAAACAACAAUUGUAUUUCAGAACAAAAAUUAAAAAAAUAAAUAGGGCCUGUCAUAUAGGACAAUGGUUCUUGAAAUAGUCUUAUUCAAAUUUUUCAGGCCUCUGGAAGCAAUAAUUUGGACUGAAACUGGACACAUAUCUACAGAUCAGCAUGAGGCAUCAUCAACCUAGACAGCCACAUUUUAAACGGAUGGCAGUCACUUUGUACCCUUACCCACUAGAAAGAGAACUGAAUUCACCUUCAUCUCAAUAUAAUUAGAAGAGUAGAAUGGAUAGAAUUUGGAAAAAUGUCAGGACAGAAGAGGUAACAUAAAUACAUUUAUUGUCCACUUUUCCAUGACUGAAAGUAUAUGUAGAAAUACUGAAACAUUUAAAUAAAGCAACCAUCACAAUGCUAAAA